AUGACUUUAAUAAAUCCCCCUGUCCUUUCUUCAUUAACUGAUGAUUUAAAUGAGAUCUUUAGUCAUAGCGAACUGAAAGGUUGUCAUCAAAAUUUUCACAAAAAGUGCGCGUACAAGAUACCGAACACCUGUACUACUGCUACAACAAGUUCCGGGAAGAAUUUAGUGAAAGAGUCCAGUGGUGAAGUAAACUGUCAAAAUUUAUCCAACUUUCCCAGAAGUACAACAGCUGGUGCGACUCCAUCUCAAGUGAAUGAAGACCAAACGCUACCUAGCCAAUGGCAUAAAAAUAGAUCCACACGUCCUCCUGAUGCCGAAUUCGAAGCGAAAACUGAUGAUUCUAAAGGUCAUUCCACCCUUGGUGUCCAUUGUCAAGAUAUCAGCAAUACUACUUUACUGCCGUAUAAAACAGUUGUAAAAAUUGGUCAAAUUCAACCGAUUAACACAUCACCACUUCAUCGAGGCAGUAUUCUAUUGGGUAAACCUUUAUGGAGUCAAGAAGUGAUUGAGAAACCACUUGAAGUUCCGCAUACAUUUGAGUUACGACGAAGUGCUAAACCAAUUGUCUGUCAACAUUGUCGACGUUUAUUGCAUGGGUUAUUCAGACAAGGUCUCCAAUGUAAAGACUGUAAAUUAUGGGUUCACAAGAAAUGCGCUCCAUUCGUUCCAAACAAUUGUGAUGGUGAGCAGUUUUCUCAGGAAGACAAUACAAUUAAAGAGUCCCAGUCAAGAAAUUCAUCAUUAGUGUCAACUGCAACUGUGACUGGUGCACAAGAGACAAAUGUAACCUCACAUAAAUUACGAAAACGCUUAUUCCUUCGUGGUCAGACAGUUAGCGCUAUCAAUUCACAAACGACGCAUAAUGAUCAGCCUACUGAAACACCAGUCAUGUUGACAUCACCGUCACCAUCAACAUCAUCGUCAUCGUGUGAUGUAAAGCAUAAUAGAAGCUUACAAAUUACACAAAGACAAGCAACUGAGGACAAUUCAAGUUUACGUUCACCAAAUGAAUUUUCUGAAACUAGAUCAUUUAUCGAAAGAAUUUCUGGGGAACAGAUGGCAAAAGUUUUAUUUCCAUCGACUUCUACUACUGAUGUUAACACUAAAAGAAGUAAUAUAUUUGAGGAUAAAAUUGACAAGUCAACAAUUGAAAAGAGGAAAGCUCAUUUUCGUUCCCAGCAUCAUAACAGACAGUUGGAUGGACCAAAUGUUAUGAAUUAUAGUGGUUUAAUAAAAUCGGCUGACAGGGAUCCACUCAGUAUUGAAAGUGUAGACCGAACAGCUGAAUUAACCGCUGAAUCACAGAAUUUGUCACCUGAUCUAAGACGUUCAAUUGAACGACCUUUAGUGAAAGCAAAUCCACUUUUAUGCACUGGACAAAGAAAUAUCCCAUUGAUGCGUGUGGUUCAGUCAGUUCGUCAUACGAAACGAUCUGGAACUGGAUUAAUCAUCAGAGAAACUUGGAUGGUUCAUAGGACUAAUAAAGAUCCUGUUUUACGACGACACUUUUGGCGUCUUGGAACCAAGUCGAUAACAAUGUUUUAUCAUGAGAAAACAAAUCGCUAUUUUAAGGAAUUGAAUUUAAACGACAUUAUCUGUUUGGAACCAGCUGGAACCAAUCCGUACCCAUGGUGUCAGCCACAUUUAUCAUCUCAUAAAGAGUCAACUUUUCAUGAGACUAUGACCGACAAUGGAGCACGUUUAAAAACAAUUAAUCUAGACAAUUCCUUUACAAAAUUAACUGAUAUUACUAAUAAUAAGAAUAAUGGCAAUGAUAAGAAUGACAAUGAUAAUAAGUUGGAAAAUUCAGUUAUCAUACCAGAUCAUGUGUUCGAGCUUCGUUGUGUCGAUGAUUUGAUCUAUUAUGUUGGUCAGUUAGGCUACAUGGAGAGUUUAGAUAAUGGGAAUGAUACAUUAUUACGAUUGCAGUCUAGACGUAAAUCUCAUUUUCCCACCUUGCCUACAGCGAUGUCUUAUGUUCGCAAAGCGUCUGCACCUGUCUAUGGAUUAAUAUUCCUGCCUGAACCACCAGUAACAGAUACAAAACGAUCAAAUUUACUCGAAGUUGGCUUGCCAAAAUCAUGGAAAACUCAAGUAACUGGUAAUUGUAUUCAAGAGAAUGAUAUUAGUGAUGGUGUCUAUCGGACAGCUAUACUACCACCACCUCCAGGGACUGGAUUAGACUUAGCUAGACAUUUAGAGACAGCUAUACGUCAAUCACUACUUCCAUUGACAUCUAGAACAAGUUCACAAAAGAGUUCACUUUCCCGGCCAACCAGUAACACAUCGACAAACACCCAACAGCAACAGCAACAACAACAACAACAAGGACAAGAUCAAGCUUCAGAACAAGCUGAAGAAUCUACUUCACCAUCUUGUAACACAAGUAAAUUUAAUAUACCAAGGAUUGUAACAAACAUGCUGUCAGUCGACAAAAGUCAACCUAAUCCAUCAACAUUAGUAACUCAGUGUUCACAAAUACCUGAAAACUUGAAAGAAACAGAAAUUGAUGAGAAAGCCGUCGAUAUACCAGACUUAGAAUCUGCUGAAGAAGAUGAUGAGGGUACAGGAAGUUCCAUAAGUGCUUUUAUCGAAAGUAAACAAUGCAGUGAUAACGUCCAAGCGCUAUAUGAAAUAUUUCCUGAUGAAGUUUUAGGCUCCGGACAGUUUGGCAUUGUUUAUGGAGGUAUACAUCGUAAAACAAAGCGUGAAGUAGCAAUUAAAGUUAUUGAUAAACUAAGAUUUCCUACUAAAAGAGAAGCACAAUUAAAAAAUGAAGUGUCUAUACUGCGUAAUCUCAAUCAUCCUGGGGUAGUGAACUUAGAGAGAAUGUUUGAAACUCCAAAACGAGUUUUCGUGGUCAUGGAAAAGCUUGCAGGCGAUAUGUUAGAAAUGAUUCUCGGAUCACCUCAAGGACGACUGACAGAAAGAGUUACAAAAUACUUGGUAACACAAAUCCUUAUCGCCCUGCGCUACCUUCAUUUACGAAGCAUAGUUCACUGCGAUCUUAAGCCGGAGAAUGUGCUUUUGGCAAUACCGCCUCAUACAGACGUGAACAACGUAGGUCUGCCGGAAGUUACCCAGGGCACUGCUCAACAAUUCCCUCAGAUUAAACUUUGUGACUUCGGAUUCGCGCGCAUCAUAGGAGACAAAUCAUUCAGGCGGUCGAUUGUGGGAACACCGGCCUACUUGGCUCCAGAAGUACUGAAAAAUCGUGGAUACAACCGAGGAAUAGACAUGUGGUCAGUUGGUGUAAUUCUGUACGUGAGCGGGACCUUCCCAUUUAAUGAAGAGGAAGACAUAGCAGAGCAGAUUGAAAAUGCUGAGUUUAUGUACCCGAGUGACCCAUGGGACAACAUAUCUGAAGAAGCGAUACAUCUCAUAACCCAUUUGCUGCAAGUGCGUCUCAGAAACCGAUUUUCCGUUGAAAGAAGUCUAAACCAUAUAUGGAUGCAGGACUACGUAUGCUGGUGUGACUUACGCAGACUGGAAGCCUCCAUUUCAAGUGAAAGUCGCUUUCUCACAGCAAGUGCUGACGACAUACGCUGGGAAAGAUUCCGUGAGAAGUGGAACAAUGAAAUCGAGGAGGAACAAAUAACUCAUCCUGACCGAACCUUGUGCAAACUUCCGACGUGGAAAGAGCUAGCAUGGAGAAAAGAUACCAACAUGCCACCAAUAUACUGGCAGUUGAACGAACCUCUGCGUAGCCCAUUGUAA